UCCCUCCCUCCUCCACCUCCACAAACUUCACAGCAAAUAGAAACAUUGAGAGAGGACGCGGCCGCUUCACACAAACAAACAACAACACCCUCGUACGAUGGCCGCUGCUGCUGCUACAGCGACGACGACGCUGCUGUGCGUGCUAGCGCUGGGCCAGGCGUUCUACCUCCCGGGUCUCGCCCCCGUCAGCUUCUGCGAGAAGGCCGAGGAGCACCUCAACUGUCAGUCCACCAUCGAGCUCUACAUGAACCGCCUGGACUCGGUGGAGUCUGUGCUGCCCUACGAGUACAACGCGUUCGACUUCUGCAAGGCGCCCGAAAGCAAACAGAGACCCACGGAGAACCUGGGCCAGGUGCUGUUCGGUGAGAGGAUAGAGCCCUCGCCGUACAAGGUGACGUUCAAGGAGGAGACGGCGUGUGCCGUCCUGUGCGAGCCCAAGGUGUACGAGCCGGGCUCCGCCGAUGACCAGGCCAGCCUGGACUUCCUCAAGAAGGCCAUGCACUUCAACUACCAGCACCACUGGAUUGUUGACAACAUGCCGGUGACAUGGUGCUACCACGUGGACGAGGGGAAACUCUUCUGUAACCCCGGCUUCCCCGUGGGCUGCUACGUCACUGCCACCGGGCAGCCCAAGGACGCCUGCAUCAUCAGCACGGAGUUCAAGGAGCCCGACUCGUUCUACCUCUUCAACCACGUGGACGUGACGCUCUCCUACCACAGCGGGGCGGCCGAGGGCUGGGAGGGAGCACGCCUCGUGGCGGCCAAGGUGGUGCCACGCAGCAUCAAGCACGCGGUGAAUGAGAAGCCGACCUGCACCGGGCCUCCACUCUCCAUCCCGCAGAGCGGCAAGGAGCGCGUGACAGUGCUGUACACGUACUCCAUCUCCUUCGUGGAGACCAACAAUAUCAAGUGGGCAUCACGCUGGGACUACAUCCUGGAAUCCAUGCCACACACAAACAUACAGUGGUUCAGCAUCAUGAACUCGCUGGUCAUCGUGCUGUUCCUCUCCGGCAUGGUGGCCAUGAUCAUGCUGCGCACGCUGCACAAAGACAUCGCCCGCUACAACCAGAUGGACUCGGUGGACGAGGCGCAGGAGGAGUUUGGCUGGAAGCUGGUGCACGGUGAUGUCUUCCGCCCGCCCAGGAAGGGCAUGUUCCUGUCUGUGUGCCUCGGUCAGGGACCCAGAUCUUCAUCAUGACCUUCAUCACCCUGU